AUGGCCCUGCACGCCGGAGCUAUCGGUGGGCUUGGAAUAGGACGGCAAAUCACCAACUGUAACAUCACCGGCGGUCCGACUAGUGCCCUGGAAACACAGGCCUCGCCUAUGGCUGCCGUAUCUCUUUCCGCUCCCACAACCGGUCCGACUGCCAAUUCCUUUGUAAAAUAUGCCUCCAGCUACUGCCCAGGGGACCCCUAUGCCAAUGGCGGGGGUCUGGCCUCUUACCCCCACGCUGCCGCCCCCGAAGGUCAUGCCCCGCCGCCUAUGACCCAGAUGAUGCAACCCCCACCUCCCCCUCAGCAAUUCGCUUCUCAGCCCCAACGUAUCGUGCAGACUAGCCUCAUUGAUGCUGGCUACUACAUGCAGCCGUGUUGGGCCACGGCGCCUACCCCCACGCCCCCUCCUCACAACAUGGUCGCCCAGCAGACGCCUUUCGAGGAGUCGUUGCCAAGCAACGGGACUAGCGGCGGUGCCGCCUCGGCCCGUUCAACUCCCAACGGUGCGCCACCGCCUACAGGCCGCAGGCUGAUCACUCCUCCAAUGGCGUCGGCCUCUGCUGCCACCGCAGCCGCUCCCGGCUCCCUGUAUGCCCCGCGUUUCGCCUCCCCGGCCGGCCAAAUCUUUCACAGCCCAAACGCCGCCGUUUGCAUUCCGCAGCCCUCCGUCUUCUGCGCUGCGAAAUACAAGGAGGCGCCUUCCAUUCCUGUCCAUUCAGAGUAUUCACAAUCAGUUUGCUGGUUUUGUGGUUUCUCCUCUCUGCCAACCUACGUGGGGGUGCCCAGCAUGUCCCGUCUACGCCACGCGAACUCGCACCGCACGCGUGCGUGUGCACCCACGUAUCUGCGAUCCGGAGUGCCCACCGCCUACAUGCCGAUGCACGCCCAUCCCCACCCUCACCACGAUCCGGCCUGCCUCGGUCCGGCCUUCGCUGGCGCUGCAGCCGCGGUGAACGGACAGCGCAUCUUCUUCUCCCAGACGCCCGCGCGUCUGCCUGGGGGCACCACGCCUCUGCGUGCCGCGCCAAUUGGCUACUUCCCGCUGGCCGACGGCAGCAUCUGCGCCUCGCCUGUGCCCUUUCCUCCACCGGGCACCCUCGAACCGGGCGAGGUCACCUCUAGCACCUCCCUCCCACCCACUGGUGGUGGUGGUGGUGGACGCAAGUCAGAGACUGCCAAAAAGAAGAGGGCCAAAACCACAAAGGGCGAUGGUCGCGGAGUUCUCUUGGAGACGACGGGUGAGCCUGCGCUGCGCACGUUCGACAACUUGCCACCAACAGCCUCACAGCAGAACGUGUCUGUGGCCCAGUCGCGAGCGAAUGCCAUCCGCGGAGCCAACAACCGGGCGACAAAUGUGGCGUCAAGUGCGCCGAAGGUGGUCACAGUCGGCCCUUCCGUUCCCCCAUCAGGCCUCACCUCCCCAAUGAUGGCCCCCGGCAUGAUGCUGUCCACUGCUCCGGGCGGUGUGGGGGCGCCGAUGUGGGGACCCGGGGCACCCCGCAUGGGUGCACCACCUGGCGGCUUGAUGAACAACGGCGGCAUGCUCCCCACCACGUGCGGUGUUCCCCCAAAGGCCAUUCCGGACCAAAUGGGGACCGUUCAUCCGUCGGGCGCUGGACCGCAAGCCCCACACCAGUCUGCUCCUCCCGCGCCACAGUCUUCGCAACCCUGCACCGCUGUCUAUGUGCCUACUCAACCUAACCGCCCCGACCCCUUAUCUGAACGCCUCGUUUGUCCAAUUACCAAUGGUACUGUAGUUCAGCCGAUGGUUCUUCAUUUGGAUGAGGAACAAGCUCGCCAGUCCCCGGGCUCUCUUCAAAUCCGAAGUUGUGAUUUUGAGCUCUCCAAAAACCACCUCUCGACCAUCGUGGAACGCCCUGAUCUCGACAUUGUCGUUUGCAGUCACUUGGCAAAUGAACCGCUUCAGAUGUGUCAUUGGCCGGAUGAAGCCGUCAACAUCCGUUUCAACGGAACCGCUCUCCCGUUGGAUCGAAGCUCCGCCGCGGACGGCCAACCAGCCCACAAGGUUUGUGGUGUGAAAAGCCUCUGUCGGCCCGGUCGCAACACCCUCGAGAUAAUCCUCUCACCUGCGUGCAAUAGCGCCUCACGGGCAACACAGCAGUUCCAAAACGGAACUGGACUAAAGGACCAUCGUUUCGCUGUAUUCAUGGCUCACAUGCCGGCUCUGAGUAUGGUCCUGGACGGUCUCCAGCGCCGGAUGUCCGAUGAUGCAGUUCCACUCACUCAUCUCCUCAUUACCUCUUGGCGAACGCGCCAUCAGCAACAGACCGGUGAUCAGCGCCCAGCCACACCCAGUCAACCGAUAAUAGCCGAGAUCAGCCUUGUUUGCCCUGUCUUUCGGACACGAAUGCAAGUCCCAGGUCGUAUUGCCGGCUGCAAACACAUGGAGGCCUUCGACAUGGAAGCCUUCCUCCACCGGGAGGCUCUUUGGCCCCGUCUCCUCUGCCCGAUUUGCGGGAAUGGGAGUCUCGGAGGAGUGGAAAAUCUCUACAUCGACACUAUCCUCUCCAACAUCAUCCAGUUAACUCCCAAGACCGCCUUAUCAGUGCAGGUGCGCUCGGACGGCUUUUGGCGCCUUCCUCCACCCUUGGCUUGGCAACUGCCACCCGGCACAGACCAGUGGCAGGCCAUGGUGGGUCCACCCACGCAGGCCUUUGCUCUUGCCCUCCAAACUAGCCCCACUGUUGUCAUGACGACACCGCCUUCUCACACAAACGGGUUCGAUGCUCCCGGUGUAACCCCCGCAAAGCGGUCGUGUGGAACCAUGGCGUCCCCUAGCUCAGUUUCAGCUCCGUUCUUUGUAUACACAUCCACCGGCAUGGACUCAAACACUUCCAGCAACUGCCCUCUCCAUACUGUUGCCACCUCUGGACAAUGGAAUUCAGAUAACAUGUCGUCUAACAACCAUUCACCAGUGCCCCAGGGAGUUACGUCGCCCUCCACGAAUCCAACGCCAGCAUCAACCCGACAAAUUCAGACACCGGAUUCCCGUAAACGUGUUCUGAGUUCUGGUAAUUGUAACAAUGUAUCAAAUUCCCAUGCGACGAUGCAGUCUCACCAGACUAAUCACUGCCUACUCCCAAGCAGUGAGCCAGAUCUUAGGGCUCAGAUGGAGGGGAACUGUGCUGCAGCUCCUCCGAAAUCCUUCCCUCCUACCCCCACAUUUGUGAAACCCUCGCCACCUACCCCUGUGCUCGUAAAUUUUGGCGGCAGUCUAUGCAACAACAACAACAACAACAGGCCAUCUCCCACCUCCGCAGCACCGCAGCCGAAGUGCUGCCGGAACUUCCGGGGCAAGCUCACUGAUGCCGAUGUCCGAUGGGCCUUUGAUGGGCUCACAGGACUGGACGUGUUCAACCAAGACGACUAUCGUCAAUUUGUCAGUAAUUUGUAG